AUGGGUGCCUCAUCAUCCAAGGUAGCAAGCAAAGCUGCUGGAGCGGCCAGCCGUCGACAGUAUCCAUCUACAUCUUCCAUUCUCAAUUCCACACCAUCGACAACGCAGUCACCCUCACAACCUGUGGUCCUUCAAACAGCAGUGAAACCAGCCACAGCAGCUCAGGUUCAUCCAAAUCCCGUAUCGCACCCUCCUUCAGAACAGAAAUCGGAGCACAUAGAUCUCGAUGGCCGUGAUCCGCAUUUUGGUUCUGCAUUACGAAAGAUCGGUGUCGCCAAACCUGUCUCUGAAACGAAACCUCAUGAAGAUGCUUUUCCUACCUCAAGUCGACCUAUGAACUCUGGACAGAAUAUCUUCCCUUCCACGAAGAACAACCCUGCCAUCUUGCUCGUGCAGGCACGUGAGAAGUUUGGAAAACAGUUUGAAGUUGAGGUUGACAGCAGAGGUAGAGCUGGUUUUGCUGGGAGGACACUGUUGAGUGCCAAAGAAAUUAAAGAAGUCUUUACGUUGAGAGAUGAUGGAGCAAAACUUCCACAACAGGUUGAGAAGGAGUUGAGACUGAAACCCGGUAUCCUGGAGCAGUUAGCACCACAAGGUGUGGUUGCCAAUGCUUGA